AUGGUAACAAAUUGUUCAUAUCACGCUUUGGAAGAGCAAAAAGAUGAAGAAAAGGAGAUCAUUGUUGAGGAAGAGAAGAAAAUACAUUCAACAAUUGCAGUUAAAGAGUUUCGCGAAGAUAUAGCUCUUCUCCGCGCGUUGGCGAUUUUGGCUGUUCUUGGCUAUCAUUUUUGGCCAACAAUUUUCCCGCUGGGAUUCAUUGGAGUCGACAUUUUUUUUGUGAUCUCCGGCUUCUUGAUUAUGCGUAUUCUCGAAUCACUGAAAAACGAGCGACUAGAUCGGGUUUUUCUCUCAUUUUACUAUCGCCGAGUGAAGCGAAUCCUUCCACUCUACUACUUAAUUGUGUUUUUCAUAGGUUUUUCAAUGCUAUUUCUCUAUACAGCUGUCUGGGCUCAACGUUAUUUUCGUUUCUAUUUCGGCGCGAUUUUUUUCUUCCCCAAUUUUCAACUACAACAAGCCGAGGGGAACUAUUUCUCGGAGGCUACGGAAAAAAUGCCAUUUCUUCACUCAUGGUCUCUCGGUGUCGAGAUGCAAUUUUAUCUUGUCGCUCCGUUUUUAUUCUACAUCUCAAAAAUGGAAAUUGCUCAAUCAAUGGGAUAUUUGACGUUGACUCGAAAACAAUCUGAUAUUCUCUCGGUGAUCUAUUUAAUCAACACCUCUCUUCUAUUCUUUCCAUUUCCCGACAAAGUCACUCCACCGCAUUUCUUCCAAAUCUUAAUCACCAUCUCGUCAGCUGGUUUUAUUCUUUUUUCAACGAAUUGUUCAAUCUCGUGGUCUCGUUUCCGCCUCGGGUACAUUGCGCGGAUCUCCUACGCUCUCUAUUUAGUUCAUUUCCCGAUUCUUCGCUUUACUGAAUACCUUCAACAAUAUUAUAAUAAAGAUUUUGAUGUCCCCCUCGUCUCCCUUGUGAUCACUUUUCUUCUCUCCAUCGUUGCCCAUCACUUCUUCGAGGCUCCACUCCUUCGACGUGCUCAAAAUGAAACUCAAUGCUUUAAAUGGAAUUUAAUC